AUGGAAACCAAAGUGAUCCAAUUACCAAUCAUGUCUGUAGUGGUCGGAUCAGCAGACAAAUUCAGAGGAAUACCAGAGCCAGGACAGCGUAUAAAUCGCCCUUUGAUGGUCAAUGCUUGGUCACAGACGACAGGCAGUGACUUUUCAUAUCUCCAUGAAAUCGAAAAUAGGGAAAAGCAAUCGCAAAGGGAAAGAGAAUUGGAGGAAAAAGUAAGAGUAUUGGAGGAAAAUCUAAAGGCCCACACAGAUUUACUAUCUCAAAUACAUGCCACCUCGGCAAGGACAUCAGCAUUACUGUCACAGCAGCAACCUCAAAGUCAACAAUACAUCAAUAACAUUGGUUACAGCAGUGCUAAUAUUAGCAGCAAUAGCACCAGGACAGCUCAAAUAAGUCCCAAAAUUGUAAAUGCCCUAAACCCUACCCAACAAGUGAAUUGUUCUCCAGCAGAAAGCGUAAAAUAUACAAUUAUAGCCGAGGGUACGGGUAAUAAUAAUGACGAACCAAUAGAAAUCCAUUUGGCCGAAGAUGAUGAGGCAUUAAAUUUAAACAGUUCAGCGGAUUCAGGCCGUUUAGAGAUUUGUCUGGCUGACGAAGAUAACAUUGAAAUUAAGUCGGAAUAUAAUAGUGUCAACAAUUCCUCGACAAUUCAUCAUCAGGCAGCUACGCCAACACCUACAGACACAACGUCAAGUGAACAUCAUUUCAUAAAGAGGAGAAAACUGGCAGGAGAGCAAGUUGUUGCAAAAUAUGAAAACAAUAAUCAGUCAAUUGCAACCUACUCUACCAUACAACAGCAAUUACCAACCCAAAAACGUCGUAGCAGCGGUAAUAGCUUACUUAAGGCACAGAAAAUUCAAAUUACCAGCAUACAAAGGUUACCAAUUCAAAAUGGCAAUGCCUCACCCUCAAACAAUAGCACUCCAGGUAGUGAUAUGAGCAACAUUAGCUAUGAUCCUGAGAAUGUUAUGGUAUCGAUUGGACCUAACAACACCCGCAUACCAGCAAAGCUGUAUGAAAAUAUGAAUUGGACCUCUGCCUCGAUUGCGACUAGGAAACUGUUAAUGGCAAUAUUCGAUCGGAAAGUUUUGGCAACACACUCGAUGACUGGCAAACCUUCACCGGCCUUUAAGGACCAAUGCAAACCAGUAAAAGAAAUGUUGGAUCCUCUUGUAAUAGCAGAUAUUAUAUUUGCGGUAACUCGCAAGUGUCUAGUUUCCGAUAAAGAAGUGCGAAAUGCCAUCACCACCAAAUGUGCCGACGAAAAUAAGAUGAUGAAGCUACAAAUGAAUAAACGAACGCCAAUGAGGGAAAUUAAUUAAGAAAAUCUAACUGUAUAA